CCCACUUCUCGCGUUCCUGGGUACUAUUCCCUACCAACCAGAUGAUGGUAGAUGGGGUUUGUGAUGUGGUAUUCUAUAUGUACUACUUCAGCUUUGCUCGUUCAAAACUUUCAAAGCGGCGUAAUAUUUGAUGUACCUGGUCUUGCUGAAGAUGGGAUGACAUCGACGGUGAGAACGAUGAGCGAUGAUGAUGACGACGACGACGCCGAUAACAAUAAUUACAAAGAUUAAGUCCGACGACCUACCUAAGCCCGGCAAUGUUUCUCCAUGCUUCAACUCGAAGAAAAUACUCUCUCAAUUGUUCUUCAUCCUCACAUAUCACAUGCUUCAUACCCUCGCCCCCCACUCUUGUUUCUCUCUUUCUCCUCAUCCCGACUCAUAUUCUGUUCCGUUGCCUUAUGCUAUUCCAUAUUAUGUUAUGCCUAUUAUCAUGUCAUGUUAUGUGUUAUGCCCUGUCCAUACACAAACCGUCCGUAAUCCAUUUUUACCCCAUCCCGCCGCCAAUCAUCAUUUCACCAAAAAAGAGACUUGCCUGGACUCCUACCCAAAGAAUCGGUACGGUACAGAUGGAACCGCGGAACCGCGGCCUUGCCUAACCUUGGAGAGGAAGUCCCGAACCACCAGUCACCACAACAAGUUAGAUACAUACUACACUACGCAUCUUUUGAGGGUUUAAAGCGGAGUUCUCGGAGUUCCCGGGGACCUGGGUCACAAGUGGGCGAUGGGCGGUGGGC